UCUUAGGCUCGAUUACCUGUAAGGGGAUCAUGAAUACUCAUUGUUCAGGAGUCCAAAACUUCAAUGAAAUGGGCUUCCAGUGCUUAUAGGUUUUCAACAGCAGUCUCGUGAUUUAUAAUCUAUGCAACAACUAAGGUUACAUCACUAGGAUGAAUAUACACCACAAAAACUAAAUAAAUACUCAACAACUCAAACGAUUAUUCUCAUUUUCACGUAAGGCAGGCAACAUUUAGAAACAGUUCAAGUCCCAAAGAUUUACAUCUGUUAAAACAUUUUCAGGGAAUACAAAUUCCUUCAAUGCUAACAUGUCUUGAAAAUAUUUAUCAAUGAAUGGUUCAAUAAUCAGAUUUAUAAAUGUUAUUUCUAGUUAACAUCAGAGUUUGAUAACUAGAAUAUCUAAAUUUACAUUCUGUACAUCAACUGGCAAGCAAGUUUGACUGGCUCAGUUCUUCAAAUUAUAAUUUGCAAGUUAUGUUUUGAAUAUGUAGCAUCUAAUCCUAUGUCAAGCCCUAAUGAGUUAUUCUAGGCUCCGGACAGACUGAUAUAUUCAUUCUUUUCAAGUCACAUUUCGACCUUUAAUUAUUCGCUUAUUAACUUUAUCUGUUUCAAUAUGAGAGUAUGUGCUUAAAUUACUCACCCUAUUCCUAACGUGUCUGUAACUUAUUUUUGUCUGAUUUGGCUUAAUCUUCUCCGCUUCUUAUUCUCAAUGUCUGUUUGGAUAAACGAAUGCUUGAAAUAAGUCCCUUCAAUGAAACCAGUAUUUGGCUUCUUAUUACCGCCUUCACACAAACGGAGUUCGCCUAGAUUAUUACUUGCUUAUUAUUGCUUACAAAAAGCUUGUGAAUUAAGGCAAUAUCGAGGCAAUACGCACAGUAUGCACAUAUGCCAAUAACAGACUGAUCAAUUGCAGUCUUAAACCUCGAUGGGAAGAUACAAGCCAAACAAUACCAAGUGAAUUACUUUCUUAAGUUUAUAUUAUGUAAUUUAUUGUUUAAGAGAAGUAAAUUAAUAUAAGUUGCAUUUAUUUUAUUUAGUUAAUUCAACUUGUAGUACAUCAAUGAAAUAUGUUUCAAAUGAUCUACGUCUAUUAGAAUUGCCAUUUUCGCAUUAAACAUAAAUUAGUGUUAAGAAGAAGUCAGCUGUUUCUUCUUCUUUUGCAACAGUGCAUAGAGUGCACUUUUUACAUUAUUUAUAAGUAAUUGUAUUAUUGUGAUUUAUUUUAUUUUAGCUUGAAUUUUUAUACAUAAAAAAUUAUUACUUAUAAGAGGCUUUUUAUAAUGGAAAUUAAAAUGAAAUUAAUGUUUCUAAUUUAUCUGAUACAUGUAACAACAGCUCAAGGGCAAACAUUUAGGAACGAAAAUACCGUCGAUGAUGAAAGAAAAACCAGUGAAACAGAAAGCGAACGAAGUACAAGGGAAACGGGAUCGGAAUUCGAACGACGCAAGUCUGGCCAAACAGGUUUGGAGACAGUGACGAUGACUGGAACUUCUAGAUCUCAAUAUAAACACAGAAAACAAGGACAGGUCAAAGCUGUUGGAAAAUUCCGUUCACGUGGAAUGGGUAGAUACGGUUUAGUGUCAUCGGAAUCUACAUAUUAUGUAAUUGAAGGCAAGUUCGAUAGAUAUGGUCGAAAGAGACCUACUAAGUCGAACUUCAAAACUCGUGGAAAAGAAAAAAAAUAUUCUAAAAAAAUUGUUGAUAAUCAAUUCGAUAUUAAAGGUGGUUUAAUUGAAGAACGUAAAUAUAAACGAACUGGUGAUUAUCAAGCGAAUGGUACUCAUGUUUAUAUUGAUCUUCAGUCUGAUCGCCAGAAAUCUAUGUCUUCAAAAAUAAAAACGGAAGAAGACAAAAGUAACGAAAAGAAAACGGAGGAACAACGUUCGUUUAACAGAACCACAGUAAAUUCUUUCAAUGGUCCUGGAAGAUAAAACAUUUCAACAAUUGUGAUUUACAUUUGACUGUAAUAAAACUAAUCUCGAUUUUCAUGUUAAUAAUCUUUUAAAAUGAUAAUUUGUUGAUCCAUUUUGAUCUUCAUACAUAUUAUUGAUAAAUAAUAAGAUCUGCCAUUUAUAUAUUGCAAGUAAUACAUAAAUUUUUGAAAUAACGAUAUGAUUAAUUCUUAAAAGCCUCUCAUAACUAAGACAAAUCAAACUAAAAUUAAAGAGAUGAAUGAGUUGUUCAGUACCUUCUGAUUUCCGACAAUUGUGUAACUCACAUCGAUUCGCGAUCUUCAUAACAAAUCGUUGUUAUUGAACCCGAGCAUUUGUAUUUGUAUUGAACCAACUCACCCCCAUUGUUCUUAGUGUAAUCCUGUUUUCUCAUAACUGAUGUAAUAUGUUGUUUAUGAGCUAGAACUACAAGAAAGUUUAUCUACCUGUGAGUUUCAUUAUGGUUUUUUAAUAAUUUGUAAGUAGUUGAAGUUAGUUCAGAAAUACCACUGUGGUUAUGAAAAUCAAUUCAAACUGAUAUUAAAUAGUAAAUUUAAGAACAUAAUAUGACAUUAGUACUGAUUUUACCCACUACCAAAUAAUAUGAGUAAUUAUAAACUUGUUUUAUAUAUUCGAUUACUUUACAAUUGAUUAGUCAUUGAACAGUGACCAAUAUCAUAUUUAUCAGGUCCUUUUUAGUGUUGACCUACUCAGGUUAUUGUUCCCUACAUUCCAAGUCAAAGUCUUAUCACUUUGACAACAUGCGAAAAAUCAUACAUGUCAACAAACUUCAGUGAAUCAUCAAGUCCCCAGUACUACUUCACUCUGAUGAUGUCAAAAUGUGGCGAGAAGUAGUGAAUAAUUUGGACUUACGUGAAUUCAUGGCCGACCUCGGUAUCUUAAUAAUUUAGUCUAGGUUGUGGUUAACCCUUACCAAUACGGGUAGUGAUUAAUAUAGGUACUUCAAACGCACACAUUUAUAUUACUUAUUUCUAGAUAUAGGGUGUGAUCAACCUUGUGAAUGUCGAAUAUAUCACUUUGCUUCUAUUGGUUAUCUUAAAUCCAAAUCUGUGUUUAAUUCGAAACCCCUCACUGAAUUAUUUUCUAUCAUCCCUUUGUUUGCCAAUUGGUCUUAUUGUAUCGACCUUCUGGCCUAAUAUUUGAUCCACUUUGAUUUGUCGACCCAUAUUUCCGUAUUCCACGAUCAUCAACUUCUAAUUUUAUCAACUUUGGGAUUAAAAUGUCUAAAAACAUUCAG